AAAAACAUGGCUACUUACUGCUCUGUGGUGGCACUUUUAUUUACGUUUCGCGUGAUUUCUGUUUUAAGGCAGUCGAAGGAAAGACGGACCGGUGUCCGAAGCCAUUCGGAGUAAGAUUGCCACCCACUUUUCGUUAGAUAUUCGUCUUUUUUCCAGCUCGUUGUGAUAAAGACAGGUCCGGUGUGUCAGGUCUAUUUUCAUUUUCGCUGCUCAUCGUUAAAAUAAAAGGGCUGCCAUUCAUUUCAGUCAGCUCGACGACAGCACCGCGAACCAAAGCGUCUUUACAUCGGGUACAGGUCGCGAUGUUCAGCCCCGUGAAGUCCUCUUACUUCAGAGUUAGUCCAGCUACUGUCAACCGAGAACUCGGAAAGACCAAGAUGAGAUAGCAAAGAGGGCUCGUUUACUGCUGAACCGAUCCCUGCACGGCGAGAGUCGGGCGAGGAAACCCCAGGCAGGUAGGAGUCAUGUUUGGGAAUCUUUUUGAGGAAGAGGAGGACGAAGGCUUCGCCUCGGUCUCCUCCAAGGGGAAAACUGCCAAGGGAGGAGGUGAGCCGCCUCCUCCCCGAGGAAGAAGCGGUGUGUGCGGCAUCAGGAACCAGGGAGGGACCUGCUACCUCAACUCUCUGCUGCAGACGCUGCUGCUCACCCCGGAGUUCAGAGAGGAGCUGUUCCGCUUGGGUCCAGAAGAAUUGGGAUCUCUGGAAGACAAAGACAAACCAGAAGCAAAAGUCAGGGUGAUCCCGCUGGAGCUUCAGAGACUAUUUUCUCGUUUGUUGCUGGUGGAUCAGCAGAGCGCCUCCACGGCUGACCUGACUGACAGCUUUGGCUGGAACAGCAGUGAGGGUACAAAUCAGCAUGAUGUGCAGGAGCUGAACAGGAUUCUGUUCAGUGCAUUGGAGCACUCUCUUGUGGGCACCAGUGGCAGCACAUUUAUCCACCGCCUCUACCAUGGGACCAUCGUCAACAGCAUUGUGUGUAAGGAGUGCGGAAAUGUCAGUCAGAGACAGGAGGACUUUCUGGACCUGACGGUGUGUGUUUGUGGCGUUUCUAGCUUGGAGGAGGCUUUGUGGAACAUGUUUGUGGAGGAAGAGUUGUUUGAAGGGAAUAACUUGUACCGCUGUGCACGGUGUGACAGAUUAGUCACUGCUGCAAAGUCUGCCAAGCUGAAGAAGCUUCCUCCAUUCAUGACGAUGUCUCUGCUGAGAUUCAGCUUUGACUUUGUCAAAUGUGAGCGAUACAAGGAGACGGGCCGCUACUGCUUCCCCCUCACCAUCAACCUGCGACCCUUUUGUGAACAGACUGAUGGAGAGGACUGGGAUUUCACCUAUGAGCUCUUCUCUGUUAUUAUCCAUAAGGGAGGCUGUUAUGGUGGCCAUUACCAUGCUUACAUCAGGGACAUUGAUGAACUUGGCAAAUGGGAGCCACCGGAGGAAGAGAGCAAACCCAAAACUCAGAGGAAAUCUAAAGAAGAGGUCAAGGAUGCAUGUGAGCCAAAACUACAGGAAGAUGACCCUUUGUCUGUCCUCACUGCUGUAAUUGCUCAGGAGUCAUCAAAGAGUGUUCUGUUGGAUCAACUGGGCCAGAAACUUAUGAAUAAAAUUGGAUCUUCUUGGAGCAAAAAGUUCAGGAAGCAGUAUGGUCCCAUUGGAAAGUUCUUGCAGUCCCACAGUGAUGUUUUCAUGUUGGUGUCUAACGGCACUCGAGCUGCACUGAAGGCAAACCCACCGAGCCCGGCGACUCAGCCCGCUGGUCCAGAGGAGCCAACCACAAACUCUGAUCCUUCCACAGUUCCAGAUGCUUUAGAACAGCAGCAAGACGCAAACCAAAGGCCUAAAUCAGAACCAGAGCAGGGUAGCCACUGGUUUGACCUGAAUGACUCCACUGUGACUCCCAUCAGGGAGUCUGACAUAGAGAAGCAGUUCCAGGGAAAAGAGAGCGCCUACAUGCUGUUCUACAGAAAAACACAGCUGCUCCGGCCCAGCGAAGCUCUGAAUAAUCCCCAAUAUAAGGUUCCUUCUCACCUCAUCCAGAUGGCUCAAGAGGAGAACUUCAAACUGCAGGAGAUGCGCGAGGAGUUUGAAGCAGCCAAUAACACGUUGGAGCUGCACCUUCACCUGGCUCCCGGCUAUAGGCUGAAAAAUGGAGCCCUGCAGGCAGUCGGUCAAGAUUCAGACGGCUUCACUGCCCUCACUUUUGAUCGUAGGAAAACAGUGGGAGAGUUGCGCAUCACUAUCUAUCAGAAGCAGGAAUUGUGGGAAGGGGACAUGGCUCUGACUAUAGCCAAGAGUCUCCCGGCAGGCUUACACCUCUACAAUACUCUUACAGAUGAUGACGUGUCCCUGUACGGCGCAGGAAUCUGCACCAACACCGACCUGUUUGUGUGGAACGGCAGAGAGGUGUGUGGUGCGACUGUCCAAGCAGGGGCCGAAUGGGAGCCCGUCUUGCUGACUGUUGUCCGACCCUUUUUGGGUGAAGACGCAGAGCAAGAGACGGAAACUGGGGAAGACUGUGGAAAGAGUAGAGAAGGUCUUGAAAAUGGGAGCGCAGGACUCUUGAGGGAAAAAAGAGGGUUUGCAGGUGCUUCAACCCUUAGGGAGGUGAAGGAGGCGCUGGGAGAGCCUACGGGGAGCCUGCUGUGUCAGGAGAGCAAGGGAGGAGUGGGGAGAGAGCGGGGGGCCGGGGAGGGAGAGGGAGGGGGCUCCAGUGGAUGGAGGGUGUUCCCGCCUGGUGACAUGCAGCGCACUCUCAAGGAGCUCUCGCUGAAAGAUGGAGAUGCCGUCUUGGUGCUGGAGCCACAGUCGUUUGACAGCAGCUUGUUCAGCCUGAACGGAGAUGUGGUCACCGUGACCACGCCGUCCGACUGCCGCUGGCUCCUGGUGGAGUUUCAGCCACAGGUGAAAGGAGAAACAGAGGAAGAAGAUGAGCAGAAGAGGAGGGUCAAGGUUCCAGCCUCAGGAAAUAUGCUGCUGUGUGAAGUGAAACAGAGGGCCAUCGAGGAGCUGCAACUGCAAGAGGAGCUGUCAGGUGCACAGUCCUGUCUGAGGCAGGUAGACUGCACAGGGAAACUCCUUCCUCCAGUGUGUGAGGAGCUGAGUGUUCGAGAUGCAGGAGUGCGACUCAUGACCACACUGACUCUCUGUCCGGGAAGUAGCCCUAAGGCAUCACAGCUCUUCUUGCACUUUAGUGUGGGUGCAGCUCCCUCUGCUGGGAUGGAGAUGGACAUCAUUGUGGAGAGGACCAGCACGGUGAAAGAUUGUCUUAAGGCGAUGCUGGAUGCUGUUGGACUUGAUGGCACUUGUUGGCACUUGAGGAGGCUAGAUUGGUGUGAGGAGGUUGGAGAGCCACUUAUGGAUGAGGAAGCAACACUGUUGGAGCUGAAGAUCAACAACGGAGAGACACUAGUUGUUACCGAGGGCCUUUUGCCUCCAAAGGGUUUUCUCAACCUGUCUGUGUGGCUUUACGUGGAUUCGAAAAGCAUUGAAACAGAUUUCAAUCACAAAGACAGCAACCACGCUGACGAGCAAAUGCUUGGUGUUUCGACCACAGAUGGAGCAGACGUUCAGUCACUGUCUCUCUGCAGUGGGGACGUGACAAAGCUGCCGAGUUUGGGGCAGGUUGAGAUAUCAGAUGAGGCUUCUCUGGAAGAUCUCAAGACUCAGUUGUUGACGCUGCCAGCUCUUCAGAAUGUGUGCGUGCCAACCAUUGGGUUCCUGCGUUUGUGGCAGCUGGAAGGACGGAGGUUGACGCGUAUCCUCAGAGGACAGCAAGUCACACUCAGGAAGUUGAAGCUGUCCACUGGUACAGACCUUUGUGUGCAGCAUCUACUGAGAGAAGAGGAUCUUGGACCUAAACAAGUGCUGCUGAACAUUAAGAUGGGAGUACCAGGGGAGAGGUGUUACUACCCUCCAGAGGAGCUGGUUUGGGAUGCAUCCCGGGAUUCUUCUCCUCGCUCUCUGUGCACCUGCCUGGCUGCGCACUAUGGCCUUCCUCCUGAGUCACUGUUGUUGGCCAAACACCAGCCAGAAAAGCACAUCUGGGAAGAAAUCUCCAUCUGGAUGAUGCAAGUUUCCAAAAAGAAGAAGAAGAAAAAGUCAGAAUCACUUCUUGGAGCACCAUUUCACCUCAAAGAUGGUGACACAGUCGGCAUCAAGAACGUUCUGAUUGACAACAACAGGGACUUCAGUACGGCGGAGGAUGAGCAGGGCCUGCAGAGGCUCAGGGAGCAGGCAGAGCAACGCAGGAAAGGAGGCCAGGCUGCAGCCUCUGAUGGUGCAGGAACAACCAAGCCCAGGAAGCCAGAGGUGUCGCUUUCCAUCAGCGUUGGACAAUUCAGAUAGCAUCCCAUAGCAUUGGUGAAUGGACAAAUAAGGGACUUCCCUUAACAAUACCUGUACACACACAGUGAGUUGCCUCAAUGCAAUUACAAACGUACAACCAUCCAGCUGAGUCAGUCUUGUGCCAUUUGUUUUCCUCCACCUGUCCUGCAUACGAUCCGGUACAUCCAAGUUAAAUUCUCAAACAAUUUCCCAAAUGUGAUUAAAGAAGAGCCCUAAAUUUCUGUCUGCUUCUCGUCUUGGUGUGGGAUGAAGAGGAGAAAUUUUCAUUUGCUGUUUGGUAACGACUGGCUGUAAUUCCUAAUUUCUCUGUGAACCUGAGUUUUUGGAAGAUCCAUGCUUGGCAUUCCUGUCAACAUAAACUUGACCCCCCCCCCCAUCCCUUAUCUAAAUUGUGACUUGAAGCCUUUUUAUACUAUAGGUUACUCAGAGAAAACGGUCUUAUUUUUCUUUUCUUUUUAUAUUUUAGACGAGCUGUUAUCUGCAGAAGGACGCUCUCGCUAAAGUUUUGUUAAUGGGUGGAAGUUUCUAUGGUAGCCACUAACUCGUGGCUUUUAAAUUCUUGUUUUCUAUAAUUAAUCAUCCUUUCAUAGAGCAAGUCACUUUCGUCAGGAAAUUGCCUUCACAAAGCCCUAAUUAUCUUAAUAAGGUUAAGUAAUUAACUCUCGUUUUAACAAUAAGCCUGCCACUGUGGAGUUUGAAUAAAAAGGAAAAAAAAGAAAAGAAGUUUCUCUGGCUCGGCUGAUAGGUUUGUUUUUGGGGAGAGGAGAGAUGGGCCUUAAUGUGGAGAAGCUUCACUGCUGCUCUGCCCUCCCUACCUCACUCUCAACCUCCCCCACUCCUCUGGCUCUACCUCUUCUCUCUGAUCAUCAUAGGUUGUCAUAAUCCUAACAGUUGCUCUAUUGCUCUUUUUAAUCUGGUUAUAGAUUUCAAACAAGGACCCACUGUUGUAUGUUUUAGCUCUGCACACUUGAUACUAAGUGUGUCAUGAUGCUUCAGCUUGCAGUAAAUAAACUGUUUAUUCAAUCAUUUUAGAGCUGAAAAAUGAAAACCACUACAUAGAAGUACCUCCUCUGACCACAUGGGGGGUAUAUCUCUGCUGUGUUGACAAAAGAGCCACUGUGUUGAUGGGUGAGGAUGGUCCCACAUAAGUGGGAUUACACACCUCUUUGUCCCACUCGAUGUGCACUUUGUUGCAUCUUAGUCCAGGUGACCACAUUCACUUUCUUGUGUUAUGUCGCCCCCAUGUGGUCAGAAGUGUAUUUGCUUUGUAGAGUGACUUUAAAGCUGGCUUUCAUUACGGUUCAUUUUCCAUUCAGAAAGUGUUUCAUUGUGCUGAAAAUGUUAUGACUGGUUCAGAUGCCACACGAAUUUUGACCCCUAAACAAGCAGAAAAACAACAUUUAAUAAUAAAUGUGACGAUGCUUGAGAUUUAAUUGAAGAGUAUAUAUUGUUUUAGUUGCAUGCAUCAUUUGAUCUUCAGGGAAUUAAAACUGUUAUUUUUGGGGGAGAAUUUAUAUGAAGAAAACUGAUGAAAUUGCUGUGUGAUUUUUGUUAAUGGAGGGAGUUUUGAGUUUUAUUGGGGAAUAUUUUUGAAGCUGCUUUAUAUUAAUCUGGUCUUGACCAGUGCCAAAAAAAAUGCAUGUAAUUCUGUAAUCUAUAGGUGAAUAAAAACUUUGAAAAUCUGCUCAGAAAUGGUUGGAAUGCAUUUUGUAUCAUCAUAUUAUACAAUAGUAUUACUGACGACAUAUUUGCUAUUAUGAAUGCCGACUGAUCUGCUGUAUUGUUACAGUGGAAAUCUGUUUGUAUCCGUGUCAGAUUGUAUUUGCAGAAAGUAUUUUGUGAACAAUAAAAGAAUACAAUAGUAA